CACUUCUUGCCUGGACUGUAUGCGUACUAUUUCAGACAUGUGUGGCCUCAGAUUCAUCACGAUACAAGUUGAGCUGCUUUUUUGCUACCUUCUGCUGCACCCUGCGGAUGCCAUUUCAUAUGGAAACCAGACAAAUAUUCUGAUGCGCCUUCCCUCAUCCUUGAGGUCCUGGCCACCUUCCUCAGACCCUUUGUUCUGCCAGACUCUGCUCCCAAAGUCCCUGCCUGGCUUCACCCACAUGGCCCCUCUACCCAAGUUUUUGGUAGGCUUGCCUCUCCUGAUCGCCCUGGAGAAAGCUGGCUGCCAAGCUGAUGUCUGGGUCCUGCAACUUCAGUUGUACCAUCAGGGGGGUGUAAAAGCUACACAGAUCCUCAUCCAGUAUCUUCAAGGGCUCCAGAAAGGCAGAAGAACAGGAAGGACAGUUUCAGUGGAUGCCCUUGCCUCUGCUCUACAGCUGUUGACCAGGGAGCAGCCCGGCCCACAAAGAGCCCAACGAUCCCUCCCCAUCAGUGACUGUGAGCAUGAGCAGGAACAGGGUGUGCACAAUAUAGUCCAGCUGUUGCCGGGAGUGGGAACCUACUACAACCUGGGCACAGCUCUGUAUUAUGCUGUUCAGAACUGCUCAGACAAGGCCAAGGAACGAGGCCAAGAUGGGGUCAUAGAUAUGGGUUAUGACUUUCUGAUGACCAUGGUUGGGUUAUCUGGGGGACCCACAGGACUACUAAUCAGUGCUGCACUUAAACCUGCAUUGAAGGCUGGGAUUCAACAGCUGAUCCAGUAUUACUAUGUGAAUGAGGCAAACACCCCUCUUCCAGAGAUCAGCAAGGAGGUCUAGGGGAAGGCUUCAAAUGUGAGUGACCUGGAAAAAACAACUUCCAUGGCCCUUUGACCUUAGUUUAGCUCCCUCAUUAAUUCAAGGCUUAUUUAAUAGCCAUGACUUACAUUCUUGAGAUGGCAGUCUUGGGAUGUAAAAGGUGAUGCUAACAGAAUGAACAAAUCUAAUAUUCUGACAAGCUGUAAUGUGUGUUUCUUCAAAA